UAAACUGUCAUGGCGGCAUUGUCUGCAGAUAGAGGUCCGCUCUUUAAAGUAAUCUUGUUGGGCGAAGCUGGGGUAGGAAAAACAGCGAUUUUUCACCGUUCUAAGGAUAAUAUAUUUGACGAGCGAAGGAAAACCACAGUGGGGAUCGACAGUUUUUCUCUCUACGUGAAGGUUGGCGAUCAACAAGUUACGCUUGGUGUCUGGGACACGGCUGGAGUGGAAAGAUUUCGGACGAUAACAAAUAACUAUUACCGUGGGUCUCAUGCAGCAAUUUUUGUGUACAGUGUGGACGAACCUUCAUCAUUACACUAUUUAGGCCACUGGAUACGGGAUCUGGAAGAAUAUUCUCCCAAUGCUAUAAAGAUACUUGUUGGCAAUAAAAAAGACCUUAACAGUCAGAUAUCUAAUGAAACAGUUGAGAUGUUUAACAAUGCAAAUGAUUGCAAACUUAACAUGCUCAUGUCAGCAAAGACAGGGGAAGGUAUUCAAGAUGCUUUUAAUGCCAUUGCUAAGCUGUUAGUACAAAAAGGAAUUGACAAAGACUCAUCAAACAAAGGUUUGGAGUUAGAGGCCCCUCAACCCAUGGUACGGCAGUGGAAAAAUGGUUGCUGUUCAUGAUAUUAGAGUCCUAGGCCUCGUCCACAUGUAUCAGUUUUCAUUUGAAAACACAGCUUUUUCUUUACGAAUAUGGCUUUUAUCCACAUGUAUUUGAUGAAAAUGGAACUUUUGAAAAGUGCUUUCCAGAGUGGAACUUUUUGAAAAUGCUGCUUAAUUGCUUGUAUGUGUGGAAGGAAGAAAAUGGAACUUUUCAAAAAUGCUGACAUCACACUAUCAGUUUCAAUACACUCUGCACAAUAUUAUAAACUUAUUCAAGAUGGACGACAGGUGUUUCACUCUCUUGUCUCAUUACUUGGGCUUAUUUCUCACCAAAUUGCCUGUCUUCAAGCAAAGUUAUCUGAGAUGGCACCAAUUUUUUAUUUAACAGGCUCAUAAUAGCAAAUUAUUAUGCCUGAGGGUUAUCAUUUAAAAGGUAUUAUUUUCAAGUUGGUUCAUCUUAUACAUGUGUAUGAUUGCCAUGUGUGGGCACAAAUUGUUUUGAAAAUGAGAAAAACGUUGCAUUUCAAACAAUUACAGAUUAGUGUGGAUGGGGUUCUCCUAAUUAGAGACUAAUGAACUUUUUCUUACCUUUAACAAGAAGGUGCAUUACAAUGCAUGAAGCAUUCUCUGCAGUUGACAAAUUUUCUUCAACUGUAAGGAAACCAUAGAGUAUUUCUAUAUAGUAUAAAAUAGUGAAGAAUAGAAUGGAUAUAAGCCAAAAGGAGCACAGAUGAUUAAGGAUCCCUUAACAUUGCAAAGUUUAUUCUGAAACUAUAAACAUUUAAAAUGUUCAACUUAGAGAUGAGUUUUCUGAAGAGACUUUUGUUUCAACUUUUUCAUAAAGUGGUUUGUAACAGCCAUGACCAGCCUACUAGCCUUAUGCAAACCUACUUUUGAAAUCUGUGUUAGAUUUAAAGCAAACUCUUCCUGGUUUAGACAGUGUGCAUACAAGUCAAAGAAAUUACAGUAAAAGUUUGUCAGCAAGUUCUGUUCAGCACCAAUGUUUUUUUUUAUUUUUUCGUGAUUUCUUUGGACUUGCAUAAUGGUUUGCCUGGUACUGGGUCACCCUAAAAGGGAUUUCCCAUGGACUCAAAUUUUUUUGUUAAAUAAAAAUAUUUAAACUUAAAAUAGGCUGGUUCUGAAGCAUUUAAUAUGUAUUAUGCUUUAGCACAGCUCAUUCCUCUUUAGUACAACCAAAAUUUAUGUAAUUGCAACCAUGGAUGUCAAUGUUUGAUUGACAGGCCUAAUUUUUUUUCUUCUCUCACUAAAAAGCUCAUGUUGCUGACAAGAUUAUUUGUUAUUGUAGAGCUUUAAUUAUAGCAUAGGGUAACUGAACUACAACUCUUAUAGAGAAGAGUUUUGUUUCCUUUUAUUGCAAAUAUUACCCAAAACAAUAAUAAUUUGAAAUUAUACCUUUCAAGCUAUGUGUAUUGAUAGCAAUAAAACAAUAAAUCUUAUUAAGUGGGACUGAAAUGUGAAUUUUUGGUUGAUGAACCAGCAUCUUUCCAAGGUGAUAGAAACACUCUUAUUUUAACAAACCAGCCUUAUUAAUAUUUCUUCCAAUUAAUGCAAAUGUCCAAUGUUGUUUACUAAUGUGAAAAUUUUGGAAUUCAAAAUAUUUGUGAAUUAAAUUUGGGAUUCUGUAAGAAUGUUUUAAAAUAAAAGCAAUUUUUAGAUUGUCAUAUCAGUGAAAUGUUUUAACAUUAGAUUUGGAUUAUUUUAUUUUAAAGAGCUAGAGUUUAUAAUUGUUGGCUUUGCUACCGUGGAAAGUGAGUUAUACCGUAAAUCCUAAUUGUACAUCAUCAAUGAUUGUCAUAUGAAAUAAAGUUAGCAAUAUUUAAUGA